AGACAAAGUCACAAAACCACUAUAACCUCCUAUAAACUCCACUAUAACAUCAAUGCUUGUCUGGCAUGGUGUUCACAUUACAACUCAAAACACCACAAACCCCACUAUCCCCACCAUUAAACUAAAUCUAACUCUGCAAAUUUCCCCACAAAAACAAACAACAAAAUGUGAAGAAAUUAAUGCUAAAACAAACCUCAAACUCUUCUGAAUUGUGGAUGGUGUAGCGACAAAUAGUUCUAACUUGUAAUCAAUUUGGUGCUGAAAUGAGUUCAGCUACAUUUGUGACAAUUUGCCGCUGUUGGAGAUCCAUUUAGAAAAUCUCGGGUUUAACUUUUAUGGGUUUUUUCUAAAAAUUUGAUUGUUUUAUUAAUGGGUUUAUUGAGUGAUAUUGACAGUUUAUAGCUGAUUAGGUGUUUGAUGAAUUGAUUAUUAGAGUUGAGAUUAGAGAUGGCUCACUUAGGGGGAGUAGCAACUAUAGCUCAAUUAACUGGUCUUGAUGCAGUGAAGUUAAUUGGAUUGAUAGUGAAAUCAGCGAAUACCGCCCGAAUGCAUAAGAAGAACUGCAGACAAUUUGCUAAUCAUUUGAAAUUGAUUGGCAAUUUGCUUGAGCAGUUAAAGAUCUCGGAGCUCAAGAGGUACCCUGAAACCCGGGAACCUCUUGAGCAGCUUGAGGAUGCACUAAGGAGGUCUUAUUUUUUGGUUCAUAGUUGUCAGGAUAAAAGUUAUCUUUACUUGCUUGCUAUGGGAUGGAACAUUGUCUAUCAAUUUAGGAAGGCUCAGAACGAGAUUGAUCGAUAUUUGAAGCUUGUGCCGCUUAUUACACUUGUCGAUAAUGCCAGAGUCAGGGAAAAACUGGAAGUCAUUGAAAUGGAUCAGCGUGAAUAUACUCUAGAUGAAGAGGAUCAGAAAGUGCAGCAAGUGAUUUUGAAACCUGAUCCUUGUGAAACUGAUGCUGUUGUGUUAAAGAAGACCCUUUCUUGUUCAUACCCAAAAUGCACCUUUGAUGAGGCACUUAGAAAAGAGAAUGAAAAACUUCGUAUGGAACUUCAACUCUCACAGGCUAAUUUGGAUGUCAAUCAGUGUGAAGUCAUCCAGCGCCUGCUUGAUGUGACCCAGACUGCUGCUGUGGUCUGUGAAACAGAAAAGAAUGCACCAGUUAAAAAUUUGAGGACAACCCAGCAUUCUUAUACUGAUGAAAAAUACUCAUUUGAUGGAAACUACUCCCAGAAAAGUAACAUUUCCAGGACUACUUCUAUAGUUUCUUCAGGGCGUGAUCUUUUGUCAAAGCAAGGUUCAUAUCAUCAGGAUGAGUGGCAUACAGAUUUGCUCGACUGUUGUUCAGAACCUUGUCUCUGUCUAAAGACUCUCCUAUAUCCGUGUGGUACAUUGGCUAAAAUCUCCACCGUGGCAAAUAAUAGAUACAUGUCUUCUGCGGAAGCCUGUAACGACUUGGUGGCCUAUUCUCUGAUACUCUCUUGCUGUUGCUACACUUGUUGUAUCAGAGGAAAACUGCGCAAAAUGCUGAACAUUAAUGGAGGCGCCUUUGAUGACUUCCUCUCACAUUUUAUGUGUUGUUGCUGUGCCCUUGUUCAAGAAAUGCGUGAAGUUGAGAUUCGUGGAGUUCCUGGUCAUGGAAAGACGAAAACAAGCCCACCGACGUCUCAAUUCAUGGAAAUGUGAAAUAGGGAUGAUACAAUUUGUGGUAGCCUAAAGUACAUGCAUGUGUAGCUUGAAAGAGAGGCAUAUAUGACCAUUUACCUAUGUUAUAUAUAGUAGAUUUAUGUACUUGAUAGUGUUAUACGACCUAAACUUACUUUGUGUAGAGUUUCUUUUGCUCGAUGAUAUAAACAUAAAGGUUUUAAGUUAGAGUAUGAAGUUACGAGUAUUUGCAAGAUUCAUUCGUUUUUUGGGGGUUUCCAGUAUUUGGAUUUAUAUCGUGUCGAGUCAUUUAUAGAAUGACCUUCGACGUGAAUUGGGAAUUUGGUGUAUUGUUUGAUGGAAUCGAUCUAUUUGAUAGAAGAAACUAAUCAAGGUUGUUUGUUGACAAGGGUGACUACAUUUUAAUGAGAUGUUUGAUAGAAAACGUUAGUGUGAUACGAUUAUCUUGUAUUUAAGUGCAUGUAUCGAUACCAAGUGAGUUUGUGCUUAAACACUCUAAUUUUGAAUACCAUUGUUUUAGGAUAUUUUGUUGACAUUUGUAGA